GCCUAGAUUUCUUGUCCGUGUGAACGACACGCAUACAUACGAACAUAUGACAAUUUAUAGUUGUACAUAGACGCGUAAGAAAACAAAAAGACAUAAGUUUGGAGCAAUUUUCAUAGUAAAUAUACGAUUAUUGAAUAAUAAUGUUUGUCACUUCGCGUGUCAUUCGUGCUCUCAACAACUGUAAACAUGUUAGAGGGCUACACACUUCAACGAUUCGUACAUCAGAUCAACUCUUUGUUCAUAGAGAUAGUGAAGAGGACAAUCCAAAAAUACCAUUUGAAUUUAAUGAGGCAAAUAAAAAACGUAUUGAAGCCCUUCUGAAAAUAUACCCAGAAGGUCAUAAACGUGGUGCAAUGAUACCUCUGCUAGACUUAGCUCAACGCCAGCAUGGAUGGCUACCUAUUUCUGCUAUGCAUAAAGUAGCAGAAAUAUUGAAUCUACCUAAUAUGAGAGUAUAUGAAGUAGCUACAUUUUAUACUAUGUUUAAUAGAAGACCAAUGGGGAAAUAUCAUGUCCAGAUCUGUACAUGUACACCAUGUUGGUUACGAGAUUCUGAUUCUAUUGUAGAUGCUGUAACUAAAGCUACAAGUUGUAAAAUUGGAGAGAUGUCUGCAGAUAAACUGUUUACAAUAUCUGAGGUUGAAUGUCUUGGAGCAUGUGCUAAUGCACCAAUGUUUCAAGUUAAUGAUGACUAUUACGAGGACUUAACUCCAGAAAGUGCUACUGCUAUAAUAAAUGCAUUGAAAAAAGGUGAAAGACCACCACCAGGCCCACAAAUUUCAUCCAGAUUUGCCGCAGAUCCUGCAGGUGGAUUAACAUCGUUAACAUCACCACCACCAGAACCUGGUUUUGGCGUUAGAUCCGAUUUGUAAUUUUUUCCUUACAAAGUUAGUUUGUUGUAUAAUCUGUAAGUGAUAACAGAAUAAUUAAGUAUUUAAAUAGACCAUGUAGCAAUAAUUAAACAACUUGAAGUUUAAUUUAUUGCUCCUGAAGAAUAUUUUUUUAAUGUA